AUGACACUAGUAGAGCUGCUACAAGCACCAAAGACCGUAAAACCACAAGACAGAGCUCGCCUCAAGCAAUCCUACGCCACACUCGAUGCGCCUGCCCGUCUCAGACAAGCACAACGCCAUAUCGCAGAGCUAGAACGGGAUAAUGAUGGUGAUGUACGCAUCGAUCUGCCAAAAGCUACAGCAGAGGAUAUACGACGCGGCCCGAAGCAACAGAGAGGAACCUCACAACAAGUGCGAAAGAUCCUGACUUCGCGGCGUCCAUUGGCGAAUCACCUCGAUGAAGCACCCGAUGCCCUUGCUUGGCAUCAGGCUGUCGUGCGACCAACGCGACAUGCCUCACAACGCAAAUUUUGCUCUGUAUGUGGGUAUUGGGGCAAGUACGCCUGUCUCAAGUGUGGUUUGUUUUACUGCACGCAAACCUGUCAAGUCACGCACGUUGAAACGAGAUGCACCAAAUGA